UCAUUUGUGAACUAAAAAUGCAUGUAUCUUCAACGGUGGUUUCGUUAAAGUCACCUGUUUCAACUUCACUACCGACAACCUCCGUUAGUACAAAUGUUCAUGCAGUAUCUUCCACUCCUUCUUUGCCGUCAACCACCAUCAUUUCCUCAAAUUAUGCUGAUGAUCACACUACAGCGUCUCCUUCAGUGUAUUCCAGGAAGUCUCUCCAAGAGAUCACAACUACAUCAGAAAUAGAGUCAAGCUUUUCAAAUCUGAAUUCUACUGAAGUGACCAAAUACUUGCAGCAAAUACGUGACUUAGACAGUACCUUGGCAACGUCUGCAAAGUUUGCUUCUGAACUGACAACCAACUUACUGAAGUCGUUUACAACAAGUAACAAGCACUCCAGCAAACCUAUGAUUGCGAUCGACACGUUUGAAAAUUUUCUUUCUGAAUACGGACAACAGCAUUUGAAUUACAGCAAUCGAGAGAUUCAUUGGGACACAGCAUCCAUGGCUGUGCAGAUUAUGAGGAUCUAUGAACCUUUUGAUGGUAUUCAAUUACAUUCUCCGAAUAAUGAUGUUUCCAUAUAUUUUCAACAAGAAAAUUUCAUUAACGGCACAAUUGUGGUUCAAGUAAUAUACAAUGACUUGCACCAUAUUCUCCCAAGUCUAUUCACAGGAAAUGCAGAGAAACUUGAGAUUGGAAGCAAAAUAACUUCUAUUCUACGAGGGCUUCCGUCAAAUCAAACAGCUUUCAAAACCAAUGUCACUAUUUCUUUCAUGAAUUUAAAGGGUGCACGUCCUAAAGGAACUCCCAAUGGUUCAAGAAAAUGUGUAUUCUGGUUGUUUUCACCGAGGAAUAGUGAACAGAAAGACGGAAAAUGGUCAGAUGAGGGAUGCACUCUACUACAUUCGAGUGAUGACGAAACCGUGUGCAGCUGUAAUCAUCUCACCUCUUUUGCCGUCUUAAUGCAAACACCUGGAAAGAACAAGAUUUCCUCGUUUGACCAAGACACUCUAAGCUUACUCACAAUAGUAGGGCUAAGUCUAUCGCUGUUCGGAUCAACAGUUACCUUUAUCGCUUACAUCACGCUCACAGAUCGUAAGUCAAACUUAUCUCAAAUACGACUCAAUCUCGUAGCGUCUCUAGGGAUGGCCCACUUUUUGUUUGUAACAGGCAUCCGUGCAACACACUUCCCGGCCAUAUGUGUGAUGGUUGGUGCACUCCUGCAAUUGUUUUUUCUUGCUUCUCUUUGCUGGAUGCUAGUGGAAGGAAUUCAACUAUACUUUCGAAUAGUCAGAGUCUAUAACUCAGAAAUGACUAUCAAAGCGUGCUAUCUAUUUGCUUGGGGUUUUCCAGCAUUCUUGGUGUGUGUAUCGCUAUCUAUAUCAUCAUUUGGACCCAAAGGUAUCUAUGGAUUCGUUCAAGAAGACAUAUGUUGGGUUUCACAUUAUUUAUAUCUUGCUUGGGUCUUUAACGUACCUAUGUCGCUAAUACUACUCGCAAAUUUGAUUUUCUUUCUUCGUGUCAUGAAAGAAAUUUCAAAAAUGAAAAUAAGGCAGCCCAAACCACAAAGAUUGUCAGUCGUCAGGCGAAAUUUAAAGGCUUGUUGUCUGUUUUUUCCUCUACUUGGUAUCACGUGGUUUACUGGUUGCGUCAUCAUGUUCCAUCCUUACGUCAUUCUCAUUUACAUUUUCACUAUUCUUAACUCGACCCAGGGGUUUUUCAUCUUUUUGUUUCAUUGCGUUGGAAACCGAGAGAUCCGAUCGGCGUUCAAGAAAAAGAUAUAUCCAAAUGACGUCUCUAGGAUGGAAAAACGAAACGAGCCAAUCCCUCUUGCCAUUGCCAGUGUAUCGAAUGUGUUUUGUGACGGCAUCCAUCCACCUGACGAUCCGCGUGACGAGGACAAAGCUUUGCCAGCCGGUCAUAAACCAAAUUACAGGGCUUGAAGCUGAACUAUGUGUUUGUAGCUAUCUGCGGCCAACACAGUUACCGCGUGCAUGCGAGCACUGAUAACAAUAUUUUCUUUUUCGACAAGUCUGCCAAGUAAAGCAUCUUAAACAAGCUCGCAUCAAUCAGUCGAACGUAUUUUCGUAUUGAUCAUCAGUUUGAAGCAUAGGCUACUGACUAACAGCACGUACACUUAUACUGGAAACGGUUUUAAAAUUGAGACAUUAAUGCGAUGACUGAGUUUUUCUUUUUAUAAAAAAAAACUAUUUAAUGCCGGAUUAACGCUGCCUAUUUCCUGCAACGAAACAAUAGAAGAAAAACAAGAUUUAUUUAGUAAUCUGCUCAUUAAAAAAAUAUAAGGUUCUUAAAAGUGCGAUGUUUUGAGUGCCUUGAAACAUUUCAUUUAUGCUGUCGGUCUUCGUUGUCAACCAGCGUGCGCUCUCGCGUAUUGAUCUCGAAAAGAAAGAAA